GUAGUAGUAAAGAAAGAGUUCGGGGGAGUGAGUCGGGGGAACAGGGGGUGGUGUCGGCUUGAACCAAACAAUCAGAUACUAUCAAAUUACCUGUUGGAUCUAUUUUUCUUCUUCGUCUUCUGCGUUUUCCCUUUCCCCUUUUCCCCAAACCCUAAUCAACCAGCCAUCAUCAAUUUCUGAUUUCGGUUUCAGCUGCCUGCCUUGAUCCAUCUUCUUCGCUCGAUUUUCACUCAUCUUUCUUCUUUAAAUUCAAUCAAUUCAUUCUAUAUCAUAUGGCUUCAAAUCACAUGUCAGCUGUUACAAGCCGUGCAGGGUCAACUAAUGAUGCUUUAUACAAGGAAUUGUGGCAUGCCUGUGCUGGACCCCUUGUCACUCUUCCUCGUGAAGGGGAGAGAGUGUAUUACUUCCCUCAAGGUCACAUGGAACAGCUCGAGGCAUCUAUGAAUCAGGGAUUAGAGCAGCAAAUGCCUUCCUUUAAUCUGCCCUCUAAAAUAUUGUGUAAAGUGGUCAAUAUUCAUCUUCGGGCUGAACCUGAAACAGAUGAAGUAUAUGCACAGAUAACUCUGCUACCUGAAACCGAUCAAAGUGAGGUGACAAGCCCAGACGAUCCUCUGCCUGAACCUCCAAGGUGUACAGUUCAUUCAUUUUGCAAGACACUUACGGCUUCUGACACUAGCACUCACGGAGGUUUCUCUGUUCUUCGAAGACAUGCAGAUGAUUGUCUACCACCACUGGACAUGACUCAGCAGCCACCAUGGCAAGAACUGGUUGCAACUGAUUUGCAUGGAAAUGAGUGGCAUUUUCGACAUAUUUUUCGCGGACAACCCAGGCGCCACUUACUAACCACUGGGUGGAGUGUCUUUGUCAGUUCCAAAAAGUUAGUGGCUGGCGACGCAUUUAUAUUCUUAAGGGGUGAAAAUGGAGAGCUCCGAGUUGGAGUCAGGAGGCUCAUGAGACAGCAAAGCAAUAUGCCAUCUUCUGUCAUAUCUAGUCACAGCAUGCAUCUUGGUGUUUUGGCCACUGCAUCUCAUGCCAUUUCCACUGGAACGUUGUUUUCUGUGUUUUACAAGCCCAGAACAAGCCGGUCAGAGUUUAUUGUAAGUAUUAACAAGUAUCUUGAAGCUCGAAAUCACAAACUUUCUGUUGGGAUGCGAUUCAAAAUGAGGUUCGAGGGUGAUGAAGUACCUGAAAGAAGGUUCAGUGGUACAAUUGUGGGUGUUGAAGAUAAUAAAUCAUCUGUCUGGGCUGAUUCCGAGUGGCGAUCGUUAAAGGUUCAAUGGGAUGAACCGUCAUCAAUUUUGCGUCCAGAUAGAGUUUCUCCAUGGGAGUUGGAGCCACUUGUAUCUACCCCUCCAGCAAACUCCCAGCCAACCCAACGAAACAAGAGAUCACGGCCUCCUAUUCUACCUUCAACAAUGACCGAUUCUUCUCUGCAAGGCAUAUGGAAAUCACCAGCUGACUCUCCACCUUUCCCUUAUCGCGACCCUCAACAUGGAAGAGACCUCUAUCCAUCACCAAGAUUCAGCUCUACUGCGACUAGCUUUCUUGGUUUUGGUGGGAACAGCCCUGCUUCUAACAAGUCAAUGUAUUGGUCUAGUAGAUUGGAAAACUCUACAGAACCUUUUUCACCUGUAGCACUUGAAGAAUCUGGAGAGAAGAGACAAGGCACUGGAAAUGGCUGUAGGCUCUUUGGGAUUCAGUUACUUGAGAAUUCUAAUGCAGAAGAAAGUCUGCAAACUGCUCCUUUGUCAGGAAGGGUGGGGGAUGAUAGGUCUGUUCCGUCCUUGGAUGUCGAGUCUGACCAACAUUCUGAACCAUCAAAUGUUAAUCGGUCUGAUAUUCCUUCAGUAAGUUGUGAUGCUGACAAAUCAUGCCUGCGGUCUCCUCAGGAGUCACAAAGCAGACAGAUAAGAAGCUGCACAAAGGUUCACAUGCAAGGUAUGGCUGUUGGAAGGGCUGUUGAUUUAACACGUUUUGAUGGAUAUGAGGAUCUGCUUAGGAAAUUGGAAGAGAUGUUUGACAUUGAGGGUGAGCUCUGUGGAGCAACAAAAAAAUGGCUGGUAGUUUACACUGACAAUGAAGAUGAUAUGAUGAUGGUUGGGGAUGAUCCGUGGCUUGAAUUUUGUAGCGUUGUGAGGAAAAUGUUCAUCUACACACCAGAGGAGGUGAAGAAGCUUUCACCGAAAAUAGGUCUUCCGAGCAAUGAAGAAGGUAAACCAAGCAAACUGGAUUCUGAAGCAGUUGUCAAUCCCGAGGACCGGUCAUCUAUUGUGGGGCCUGGUUGCUAAUGCUCCUAGGUCUUCCAACUCACUAGUUGUUAUGUACAAUAAAUAUUGGCAUGAAAUUAGGAAGUAGAACGUAAGAGAAUGAACCUCGCAAACAUUUCAUCGUGGUCUAUAGGAGCAUAUCAUUGAUUUAUUCUACACAACCUAUGCUGGAGGAGCGUGACAGCACCAACGUAGAGGGCUUGUUUAAUAUAAUGAUGUUUGAUUAUCUACCCUGAAAGAUGAUAGGCUUCAGGUGUUGUGGUUUUUCAAUAUCUUCUAUAGUUCGAUUUUUGCCUAGAGUCUCAUGGCCCUUUGCUUGUUCAGUUUUGAAUGGGCUGCGAGCAUGAAGAAAGUCUUUGCCUAGAUAUCGUACUAUGUUUGCAGUUGAUUUUUGAUUCUGUUGUAAUUUCCUUGAUGUGAUGAAUCUCAUUUCUGUAUAUAACUUUAUACAAUCUUUGAAUACUAUUUAAUGAAUGUAUAUCGAGCCAUUUUUUUCCUAGCA